AUGCAGUGGAGAAACCAUGGUCGCAUCGAUUGCAAGUGGGGCGCCCCUAGCCACUGGCAGUCCAGUUGCGACCUCUUCGAUGUGCCGGCCGUCUGCCAGAUCAAUUUGUGGCGCAGGGCAGUCAGCGUGGGCGUCGGAAUCCUGCGGCGCGAUUUUCGGGAGUGGGCCGCGGGCAAAGCGGGGUCUUCAUGGCCGCUGCUUGCCUUUUGCGCGGCGGCGGACGCGGCGGAUGUGUUUUGCGCUCUUCAGAGCGCCUGGCGCAUGAGUACGCACGUGCUGCACGACCAGCUCGCCCUCGCGGCGGAGUGCAUUGUGCAGCGCGUCGCCAGGACAGCGCCCGCGCUGUGCGCGGGCGUCUUCGAGCGCGCCCCCCAGCUCGCGAACAGAACGAAGAAGCGGAAAGAGAGGCAAGGACCAGGCGCCACUCAUCCGCGUGAGCGCCGAGGUGCGGAGGCUGGCCCACUGCGCCGGGCCGCGCUCGACCUGCAGCAGGUCCAGCAGCUGCCGAGACGGACCGGGGGCAGAGGCAGCGCGGUCGCGCUCGAGCACCGCUGGCCGCAGGACUUUAACCGGAAUGGCCGCAGCUGCAGCGCCCGCGAUGGAGGGGGCGCAUCGAACCGGGCGCAGGCCAGCUCCACGAACCUCGCGCCCAGGCGCAGAGGCCAGCCGCGCUACGCCACCGGGGGGCCCACGCGCGCCUGCAGCGCCGCUGCGCUGCGGAGGUUCCCCGGGGCGUCCUGGGCGGAUGCCAUCCCGCAGUCCUGCACAAGUUUUAUGAAGGAGCUGAUCUCGGCUCCCGUGCCCGCCGAGUAUCGUGGAGAGCCGAUGCGAACCGUGCAGUCGCUCUUCCAGGGCUUCCAGGGCAACCGCCAGAGUGGACAGAGCUACCAGGCCUUCGAGUGGUCCGCCGACGGCGCCGGCGGCCGGGCUGGAGAUGGCGGCCGAGAAAGAAGGCUCCGCCUCGCUGGGGUGGUCGGCGUGGUGCUGGCGGUGCUGGGCGUCGGCAUGCUGGUGGGCGUCGGGCUGGCGCGCGGCAGCGGCGACCAGUCCUCGCAGAAGCGGAGGCCAGAGGUCCAGGGCGCGGAGAGGCAAAUGGAAGUGCCAGUCCUUGCCCACGCUUCUCCGAGCAAGAGCAGCAGUACGACAAAGCCGGCUAUCACCACCACUACUACUACAACCACCACGUUGAAUCUGAGUACUUGGCGUGUCAUCUUUGACGGAGCUGUCAAUGUGAGCAAGUUCCCUAAACCUGAUGUCCCCGUUAUGCAGGUGCAUUGGAAGUGUGACCUGUUACGUGGGCGACGGGUAGGUGACUGGCUAGAGGUUUACAACGGCACGGGGGGCGUCGUCGGCUACUCUCCGAUGGUCUUCAAUGGAUCCUCCAUGCUAGCGGAAGAUACGUCGGGGCGGAACUUCUCAGAGCUGGUGGCGGCCAAGAGGAGAUUGGCGCAGGACACGGACGUCGACUGCACGCCUUGCGCAGACGACGAACCCUGCAUGAGCGUGCUGUGGCAGAUCAACCACCCAGGCCAUCUCAUGGUCUACCCAAAGCCGAACAACGAGACGACCCCACUCGGCCUGGUGUGGAAGUGUGACGUCAGAAGUGGCUAUCCCAUAAGUAGCAGCGACCAUCAGCAGUGGCUCAAGCUGACAGAUGAGGACAGCGGCAAGCCGGGGUACAUUCAUAUCGUACAUCACAAUCGGCAGCCGGUCGUCGCCGAAGUCACUGCCAGCUCCAAGGCGGAGCUGAAUUGUGACGCGUGCGUGGAGGGCGGGGGAGACAGCUGCCUGAAUUCUCAGUGCUGCAAGAAUCCGGGACACAAGUGCUACCAGUCGAACGAGUAUUGGGCAAGUUGCAAGUACGGCUGCACCCCGUCCGAGAAUGACAAGUGCCUGCAGCUGGGCACCCGCAGCUGGGCGCCCCAGCUGCCCGGCUUCCCCACGCUCUACUGCUGGCAGCUCAUGCGCCCGGACGGCUACGAGCCGGACCUGGUGCGGGCGCAGGUGGCACGGGGAGCUGGCAUAUUCGGCUGCGACGACUUCGACGUCUACUCGAUUGAGGCCGACAAACAGUUGGGAUUGACUCCGAAGGGCCGGAAUGUGACGACCGUGUACUGCGAGCCUCACGACGUCGGCAGGUCGAAGGACGGCUUCGCGGCCAACACGGAGAUCUUCCUGAACGCAUGGGCUGCGGUAAAUGCCAGGAACAGGUGGAAGCACUACUCCUGGACAAUCAAGAUGGACCCGGACGCCGUCAUAGUGCCCGACCGCGUGCGCGUUCACAUCAUGGCCAAGUGGCUCGACGGCACGGAGCGGAGCGCCUUCUUCCGGACCUGCAACCUGUCCCCGGGCAACCCCGACUACCCGAUGAUGUAUGGCGCCCUGGAGCUGGUCUCCAAGAAGGCGCUCCAGACGUUCUUCGCGGACGGCGAGCAGUGCCGAAAUUGGAUGCCCGUGUGGUCUUACGGGGAGGACCUUUAUUUGUCGAAGUGCUUGCAGGGAUUGAACGCGGAAACGAUGGACGACUUCGUGCUCGUCGGCGACGACCGCUGCAUGGGGGGUGCCUGCUGGGACCACACAUUCGCUGCCUUUCACGAGCACAAAGACGUCGACAGCUGGAUGAAGUGCUGGUCGGACACAGUGAACGGAAGCUUAUGA